AUGGAAGAGCCUAGGCCAAAUCGCAGAGAAUUAAAACUUGUUGUUUGGGUUCAGUCGUUUUUCAAUUUGCGAGAUGCUGGUCCAAAAUCAUGGUGGCAAGUGCAAGUGGUACAGGAAGGGGGAGAGAAAGGGAAAGAGGGCCAAGAGAGGCCAACAAUGAGACAAAAUCCGGAAGAGCUGGUGGCGUCUGAGGGGGUGACGCUCAGCCAGGGCGCUGCGGCGGCCUGCGGCCGAGCCGCUAGGGAGAGCGGCGACCCUCCUCUGGCGAAUCCAGCCGUGAAGCCCCUCCCUGCCCCCCCCGCUGGUGGAGGUGACGGCGGGGCCCUCCUGUCGCGGAUCUGCUGCGAGGAUAUCGAUCUCGAGCAGGUCUGCCUUGGUCUUUUUGAUGCAGAUGCCUUCCUAUGCGCCCCUGCUAUUGUGUGGCUGCAGCAAAAAAUGCCAAACAAGACAGCUGCAACUAAGAAGGCUGCAAUUCGGGCUUCAAAACUUUUCAUAUUGGGUGUGAUUUUGCAAGGAGGAUACAUUCAUGGACGAUACAAACUAACUUAUGGUGUCGAUUUGGAUCAUAUUCGAUGGCUAGGUGUGCUGCAGAGGAUAGCUAUUGGAUACUUUGUAGCAGCAAUGUCAGAGAUUUGGCUUGUCAACAAUAAUUUGGUCGAUUCACCUAUAUCAUUUGUGAAGAAAUACUUCAUGGAGUGUUCAAUUACUUAUUCUAGCCCCGUUUUGUUCAUAGGUGGUGGAAGCGGCCAUGAACCUGCCCAUGCUGGAUUUGUUGGGCCAGGGAUGUUGACCGCUGCUGUUUCUGGAGAUGUUUUCGCUUCUCCACCUGUUGAUUCUAUUUUAGCUGCUAUUCGAGCUGUAACUGGUCCCCUGGGGUGCCUUCUAAUAGUAAAUAACUACACUGGUGAUAGACUGAAUUUUGGAUUAGCUGCUGAGCUGGCAAAAUCUGAAGGCUAUAAGAUGGAGAUGGUCAUUGUUGGAGAUGAUUGUGCCCUUCCCCCACCUAGAGGGAUAGCUGGUAGAAGAGGUUUAGCUGGAACAAUUCGUGUGCAUAAGGUUGCUGGGGCUGCAGCAGAUGCUGGUUUAUCUCUUGCAGUGGUUGCUGCAGAAGCAAAGCAUGCAUCUGAGGUUGUUGGUACGAUGGGAGUUGCACUUUCUGUUUGCACAUUGCCUGGGCAAGUAACUUCUGAUCGUUUGGGUCCAAGGCAAAUGGAGCUUGGCCUUGGAAUCCACGGGGAAAAAUAUUUUAAGCUCUAUCAGAACCUUUCAAUUAUGAAUCAAUUUUCUAAACUUAGUGUUGAUCACUUGACUGUAGGAAACCGUCCACUAGCAAAGUUUCCUGUUCCUCUACCACCAUCACCUUCAAUUAAGGAUGACGAGAUUUUUGCUCCAUCUCAGGAGCUGAGCAAGCAAGGGUGUAUCCUGGAGGCUGCUAUUGAAGCAAGUGCUACUGCAAUUAUCAAUCUCAAGGAUAGCCUAAAUGAAUGGGACAGUAAAGUGGGCGAUGGUGACUGUGGAACCACAAUGUGUAGAGGUGCAACAGCUAUUCUUGAAGAUAUGAAAAAGCUUACCCUAUGGAUGAUGCAAGCUGGAACAAUAAAUGAAAUUGGGGCAACAAUCCGAAGGGUGAUGGGUGGAACAAGUGGAAUCUUGUAUGAUAAUUUGUGCUUUUCAAAGGAUGUUCUUAUUGUCUCUAGAGGAAAUAGAUGA